ACCCUCGGAGAUCUACUGCAUGCACACACACAUAACCCUGACUCCACUCAACUGACACACACACACUCAACGCAACGAGGAGUACCGUUGUGUCCUCUGUGAGACCACUAAGUCUGUUCUCUUUAGAUCAGACCUAGAGAUCAGGAGUGGACAUAUCUCCUUCAGGACCUCUUGGAUUCACUAGGACCAGAUUCUUCUUCAGAUAGGACUCGACAUCCAGACCCAGCCUAGAGUUUGGGACUCUGUUCUGUUGGAUUGUAAUUGGACCUGAUUUCUCACUCAGACCUGAAGUAUCUAUGGUCUGGAGUAGACAUAUACACUUCUGUCCUCUUGGAUUCUGUUGGAUUUGUAGACUCCCUCUUUAGGAGAAAGGGUAUUUCUUGGAUUCUGCUCUAGCCCACUAGACCCGACUAGACCUGGGACUAGUCUUCGAAGAAGAGUUUCUCCCUUCCUGUUUUUGGAAUCUGUUGGCCGUUCAGGAGAAGAUAUACUUCUUGGACUGUCUCUAACCGUAUUUUCCUGUUCUGAAUGCUGAAGCUAGUCGCUGACUCCCGGAGGGGAGGAGGUGGAGGAGGUGGAGGAGGGAUUGGAGGGUGUGAGAUGCUUCCGUCACGCCCCAGCCUGUCGGUCCCCCUGCGGGUGCUGAUCUACGGGACGUGUGCCUUGACGCUGGUCAACACUGUGGCUUUCCUGGUGCUCCUGGUGCAACAGAAUCAGCUGUGGAGCCGCGUGGAGCUCACCAAGGCCUUGGUGGAGUUCCUCCAGGAGGUGCCCCGAGGAGGUGCAGCAGCAGAAGGCACAGGGAGGCUGGCGAAGCUAAGAGGAGACCCAGAGUGGCUUGCAGGGCUGCGUGGAGGAGGUGAAGGAGGAGGUGAAGGAGGAGGUGAAAGGGGUCUGGGGAAGGAGCAGGGGGAGUACCAGUACUCCCGUAACAAGAGGAGUCGGGAGCUGGAGAGGGAGCUACGACAGGAGUUAAAGGAGGAGCUGAGGCUGGAGCUGAGGGAGCUGAAUCAUCAGGAGAGCCUGGAGCUCCUGCAGGAGGUGACCCAGGGGCUGGGCCAGGAGGUGACCCAGGGGCUACACCAGGGGCUGGGGCAGGAGGUUACCCAGGGGCUACACCAGGGGCUGGGGCAGGAAACGGGGCGAGGAGGGCUGGACAUGGAAGAGGAGGUACACCCUGGGUUGAGAGAGGAGUUACACCACAGGCUGAGGGAAGAGAUGGACAAGGAGAUGGACAAGGAGAUGGGGAAGAAGAUGAGACAUGAGCUGAACCACAAACACAGGAAGACAAAGGGCUUCCAGAAGACUGAGAUACAAGACGACAUGAUGAUGAUGAUGACCUAUUCUAUGGUGCCGGUCAAAGUGUUGUUGGAGAUCUGUAACAGCACCAAGGGAUUCUGCAUAGCUGGACCACCCGGCCUUCCUGGACCCCCUGGGCUGCCUGGUCUGCCUGGGCACAAUGGCACUGAUGGCAUCCCAGGACUGGACGGACUGCCUGGGGCUGACGGAAAGCGAGGGAAGAGAGGUGAGAAAGGUGAGCCGGGGGAGAAUGGAGAUAGAGGAGACCCAGGACCCGCAGGAGAAAAUACACAAUCGUCCAACGAUGUCCUCUUGGAGGGCCCCCCAGGUCCAGCUGGUCCUCCUGGUACUCCAGGCCCCAUUGGCCCUCCUGGACCUCCUGGCCCACAAGGACCCCAGGGGCCCCCCAGAAACAGGAGCCACCGGGCCCAUCUCCCCAUCCACGCUGCCCAGACCCUGGAACCGUCACAUGCUGUACCAAACGAUGGGACUCUGUCUGCCAAAGAGGCUGGGAAGUUACGAGAGACGCCACUAAAUAAGAAAAACGAGUGCAUCAUCAAGUCUCUGAUCAACCCCCGUAACGUAUCAAAGAUGGAGAGUACAUUCGGAACGUGGAUGAAAGACACAGCUGUGCUGAACGAUGAACGCAUCUGGGUGGCCGAACACUUCUCUGGUCGCACGGUGAAGGAGUAUAAGAGCAUCGCCUCAUUCCAAAACGCCACCAGUGAGGUCAUCGACGGCAGGAAGUUCUACCAGGGGUGUGGCCAUGCCGUUCAUAACGGAUCCUUGUACUAUCACAUCGCCGGAACCACCAACCUGGCCAGGUUCGACCUGCAGUCCAAGCGUCUCCACACCCUGGCCAUCGACAACGCUCUGUACCACAACCUGUCCUACCUUCUCCACAACUCCAAGACCUACUUCAAGCUGGCGGCGGAUGAGAACGGCCUGUGGCUCAUCUUUGCCUCCAGCCUGGACGACAGCAUUAUAGUGGCCCAGCUGGACCUGAAGAGCUUCUCCGUCACAUCGUACAUCAACACCACCUACCCAAGGACCAAGGCCGGCAACGUCUUCGUGGCCUGUGGCGUGCUCUAUGUCACCGACACCAAGGACACCCGUGUGACCUUCGCCUUCGACCUCCUGAAGGGGAAACCGGUCAACGUGACCUUUGACCUGAGGUCACCUGGCGGGGUGCUGGCCAUGCUGUCCUAUAGCCCCAAUGACAGACACCUGUACAUGUGGGAUCAGAGCUACGUGAAGCUGUACGUGGUGCACUUCAUCUCUGAUGACUGAGACAGUGUUUUGAUGGUAUUCUGAUGGUGUUUUGAUGGUAUUCUGAUGGUGUUUUGAUGGUUUUCUUAGGGUGUUGUGAUGGUAUUCUGAUGGUGUUUUGACAGUAUUCUGAGGGUGUUUUGAUGGUAUUCUGAUGGUGAUUUAAUGGUAUUCUGAUGGUGUUUUGACAGAAUUCUGAGGGUGUUGUGAUGGUAUUCUGAUGGUGUUUUGAUGGUAUUAUGGUGUUUUGACAGUAUUCUGAGGGUGUUUUGAUGGUAUUCUGAGGGUGUUUUGAUGGUAUUCUGAUUAAAGAUGGGCAGCUUUUGUAUCAGAUCAUCUUAAAGGGCUUAAAGAUGACCAGCACUUGUGAAUAUUAUGGUUAUUUUUUAUUUAUAAUAUGUACAGCUUCUCUUUAGUUUUAUUCCAUCUCAACAAGGACUAUUUUCUAAUGGCUUUUUGUAACUGCUGGCUGGGAUAAAACAAAACACCCUUUUUGUGAGUGCUGUUAAAUGUUUUGUUUAAAUUGGAUUACAGCUUCCAAAGAUGCACACACUGUACCUUUUCCAAUUUACAGUUUAACUGAAUAAGGGCUUAUCAGAGUAAGAAAUAGAUCAUUAUAAUACAAUUGUUGUACUGUUUUCCAUAUGAGAUCGUGGAAUUAUCUUUUUGUAAGGACACUUACUAACCGUUUGACCGAUUUUGUUGGUUAUAUAUUCUGUUUUUAUGUGUCUCACUUGUAUAUAUAUUUAUUUGGAAAAUGUAACCCUUUUUUAAGGUCUACCCUGGAAACAUGGCUUUUUGUGGAGUUAAUACUAUUUAUAGCUGUAUUGUCCUUACUUGACUUUCCCUGUGACUGCAUGACAAAAUAUGUAUCAGAAAUGCACUUCCAUAUUUACUUGGAUCCUACCAUGACCAGCAUCCCUUGCAGAGAGCAAAAUGUUUCAAAAAUACCUAUAUUGGAAAUCUGUACAUAUGUUUAUUCCCGACAAUGAUAUUUGCCGCUGCAUGCUCUCUACUGAUUAUCAUGUCUAGAGAAAGAAAAUACAAAAACAAGCAUAAAAUCAACCUGAUGAAAUAAAAAUAAUUUAUUCAACUUACAAAGGUAGAACUUUGACCACGGUAGAACAGCCUGCUAUAUAUAUCCCUGUCUCUCCGGACUCUCUCUAGUUCUCUAGUCAUAGCCUCCCCAUGGUGAGCUUUAGAUAGAUAUAUGCUUUACUGUAGAUACAUGCAAAACACUUUACUUGAAGCACCUUUUUAUGAAGUGUUAAUAUCUUAUAUAGACAUUAAUAUCACCUUAUAUAUGUUAUAGAGCAUUAUGAAGCAUGUAUAAUAAAGCAAAACAAAGCUCAGGA